AUCAUGGGUUACCAGAGUCUAUGUAUAAUGGUACAUUUAUUGAUCCAGUAAUUGGAGAUGUAAUUCAAAGAAACCAUCUCUUAAAUUACAGAUGGGAUGAAAUAGAAAUUCAAAGUUCAUCUGAAUGA